AGCAUCCUUGGCCACCAUUCUUGUUAGACCAUUCUUAGAAACAACACAAACUCAUAAUAAAUUAGGCAAAGAUGAGUAGUGAAAGGAUAAUCAACAGUGAGAUUCAUGUAGUUAUGUUUCCCUUCCUUGCAUUCGGUCACAUUAGUCCGUUUGUGCAACUAUCCAACAAGUUAUUCUCUCAUGGAAUUCACAUUUCAUUCUUGUCACCUUCAUCUAAUAUUCCAAAAAUCAAAUCAACUUUCAAUCUCAACCCUGCAAUCCAAAUCAUUCCCCUUCACUUCUCGGAUAACUUACCAAGUAACACUGCCGAAUUGCACCCUGACAUGGUUGGCGCAUUCUUUGAGACACUAGACUUAAUGCAAGAUCAAGUAAAAACCAUUUUAUUGAAGCUUAAACCACAUUUUGUUUUCUUUGACUUUGCACAAAAUUGGCUCCCAAAAAUAGCUUCUGAACUUGGCAUAAAAUCUGUUCACUUUUCUGUCUAUUCUGCCAUUUGUCAUUCUUACAUUUCUCGAAUUUCAAAAGGAAGAGACGUCACUUAUGAGGACUUUAAAAAUCCUCCAGUUGGGAUUAUUCAUAAUUCCAAACGUACCCUUCAAACCUUCCAAGCCAGAAUAAACUUCAUGAUGCUCUACACAAAAUCUGGUGACAGUCCUACGGUUUCUGAUAGAUUCAUACAGAGCCUUAGUGAAUGCUCACUAAUAUUGUUCAAGAGUUGCAAGGAAAUAGAAGGUUCUUAUCUAGAUUAUUUACAAAACCAAUUUGAAAAAGCGAUCGUUUUUUCUGGUGUACUUGUUCCAGAGCCAUCAAUGGACGUGCUUGAGGACAAAUGGACAAAAUGGUUAGAUAACUUCCCAACCAAGUCAGUGAUAUUGUGUUCCUUUGGUAGUGAAACAUUUCUAAGUGAUGAUCAAAUCAAUGAACUAGCAAUUGGGUUGGAACUAACAAAUUUACCCUUCAUUUUUGUCUUAAAUUUUCCAUCAAAUCUCAAUGCUGAAUCUGAGUUAGAAAGAGCAUUACCGAAAGGGUUCUUAGAAAGAGUGAAGAAUACAGGAAUUGUGCAUAGUGGUUGGUUCCAACAGCAACUUGUUUUGAAGCACUCAAGUGUUGGGUGUUAUGUGUGUCAUGCUGGUUUAAGUUCUGUGAUAGAAGCUAUAGUUAAUGAUUGUCAGUUAGUGUUGUUACCUUUAAAGGGUGACCAGUUUUACAAUUCUAUGCUCAUUGCUGAUGAUUUGAAAGCAGGGAUAGAGGUGAAAAGGAAUGAUGAAGAUGGAUUUUUUGAGAAAGAGGGAAUAUUGGAGGCUGUGAAAGGGGUUAUGGUGGAAGUUGAUAAAGAGCCGGGGAAACAGAUAAGAGAAAAUCAUAUGAAAUGGAGGGAAUUUCUAUUGGAUAAGGAAAUUCAGAACAAAUUCAUCACAGAUUUGGUUGCCCAGUUGAAGUCUUUGGUUUAGUAAUGACGGUGAAUUUGGUAGAAUCAUGUAUGUCAUUGUGAUUUUGAUAAAAACUACGCUCUUUUAACAAAAUCAAAAUGUCAUUAUGAUUUUGCCAAACUCGCUGUGAUACUAAACAUACACUUUAUCCACUCCCCGCCCUUGGAAAAUAAAGUAUGCUGAAGACUUGAUUAGCUUUUACUAGUUUUUAUUUUUCCCUUUUAAGUAAUUGGAUGUGUUAGAUAUUAUCGUGUUUGAAAAUCAGUCCGUCAUUGACUGAUUAUAAUGUCUGUUUGUUUUUAUGGCAGUUGGAAUUGAUUUUGAUUGAGGAA